GUGAGGCUUAUGAUGAGAGAACAGAGUUUUGUGCACAGCACAGAGUAGAGGAACGUGUGCAACAGUGUUUAUGACGCUCAUAGCUAUUCUACAACCAAGAAUUUUACGGCAACAUCAUGAUGAAGUUGUUUUUUCUAAUGCUGCUACUUGCUAGUUUCACUGCUGCUGUCCGUGUGGAAACCUCAAGUAAAGAAAGGCAGCCCACCCUGCCCACACAGGUCUUUACCAUGGAACCAAGCCCUACCGAGACCAAGUCACGCUUUGCCAUGCUGGAUGAUGUUCGACUACUUGCAAACGGCCUCCUUCAGCUUGGCCAGAGUUUACGGGAGUUUGUGCACAAGACCAAGGCCCAAAUCAACGAUAUCUUUCAGAAGCUUAACAUCUUCGACCGCUCUUUCUACCAGCUUUCAGUCGUCACUUCAGAGAUCAAGGAGGAAGAGGAGGAGCUGAAGAAAACCACCAAUUUCUUGAAGGCCAACAAUGAGGAGAUCAAGAACUUGUCACUGGAAAUCAACACUAAGAUCAACGGCAUCCUGCAGGAGCGCACACAGCUGCAGAGCAAGGUGGGAAGCCUCGAGGAGAGGCUGAAGGGACUGUCACAGAGCAUUGUCCCGGCUGAACUCAGUGAAAUCACAACACUCAAGCAAGUGAUUGAAGCACAAGAGAAAACAAUCAACAACCUACUGAAAGCUGUGCAAGAGCAGCACGAUCAACUCGACCACCAGAAAAACAAGAUCAAAAACCUGGAGGAAAAGCUAAGUGAUGACAUUUUUCAAGAUACAGUCGACAAGCCAAUGGAUUCAGACACUGCAGUUCCUGAUAUGUUUGAAUAUCUGACAGAAAAUGCAACUGGCCUAGAUACAAGAGACCUCCCCAUGGACUGCAGUGAGCUGUUUCACAAAGGCGAGACAAAGAGUGGAAUCCAUGUGAUCAAGCCAAACCGAUCAGAGCCAUUCAACGUUUACUGUGAAAUGGAUUCAGAUGGAGGUUCAACCGUCAUCCAGCAGAGGAUCGAUGGGUCAGUGGAUUUUGACCAGACAUGGGUGAAAUAUGAGAAAGGUUUUGGAGAUCUGGAAAAGGACUUCUGGCUGGGCUUAAAGAAGAUCCACAGUCUUGCACAGCAGGGAGCUUACAUCCUACGAGUUGAUAUGGAGGACUGGAAGGAGGAUAAGCACUGGGCUGAGUACCGUUUCUCAAUGGAGGGUCCCUCCAAGGACUACACUCUUCAAGUCAGCAACUUUUCUGGUGACCUAGCUGAUGCCAUGGCCAACAUAACAGGCAUUAGAUUCUCCACCAAAGGCAGAAAUAAUGAUAAAAACCGAAAUCCCAACUGCACUCGUAGUUACACAGGUGGUUGGUGGUUCAAUGGCUGCGGCGAGACUAAUCUUAAUGGACGAUAUUUGUGGCUGAGGACAAAAGGUCGCUCUUCAAGGAGAAGGGGCAUUCACUGGAAGCCUGGCAUGGGGUCUUCAUACUCCCUCAAGAUGACCAAGAUCAGCCUACGACCGGUCCUCUCACCUAAAACCCUCAACUGAAUACAAAACUUGCAUCCUCUUUCACAACACAACAGGUGUCUUUAACAAACAGUAAUAAUAUCUAGUGUUCCACCAAAAGGUUUUAAUAGAAGGGUAAUGUGAAAUAAAUUAAACAUCAGAGAUAUUGAUCGCAAACAAUUUUUAAAUGUAUUUCCAAAACUGACAUGAUCCCUAACACCACCUUAUCACAGACUGGUGCAGAAAAACUGCAGCAAAAAAUGCCUCAAGUCAGAAGUGCUGAACAGCCGCAAUGAUGCAACUCGUGCUACAUGGGUAGUUCACCUACUGAGUCGGAUCCAGCAAGGACAAUAGAACUUUCAUUAUGCAACAUCGACAAUCACUUGCAAAAUUGACAUAUUGAUCCAUAAUAAGCAACUCAAUUCAGUGCUGGUUGCAAAAAAGUCACAGCAUUGCAGCACCAGUUACAGUUUAGUUCUAAAACUGAUAGCACUGAGUUGUCUUUUUUUAACUUAUGCAUAUUUGACUAUUUGGGGGAGUUUAAACUUUAUUUUAAAUAGAACUUUGUGAUGUGAAACUGGCUUGCAUGUUUUCCAAAUGCAUGUAAAGGACAUACUGUCAAGGCAAGUCAUACUGUAUGUGUAAUGCUGGUGAACGAGAGCUUCACCAAAUACAGAACAGAAAAGGCUAUGCAAAGGUUUGGCAGUGCACUGGUAAGCUUUUCCCUUUGAUUUCUUCUACUUUUUUUACUCUGUUAAGUAUUUAAACCAUGUUCAUGCUAUUAUAUGAUUAAUGUUGGUGUUGUUAGUCAUCAUUCCCAUGUAUUUCCUAUGUUAUUGAGUCAUAUUGACUCUUAUCCAUUAUUUGAAAUGUAAUGUAAAUGUACCUCAUAAACAUUCCUCACUGUCAAGUAGCUAUGUGCUCUUCAAGAUCAUAUUUAUGUUGAUGCAAUUAAACACAACAUGACCAAAAUGAUGUCUAAGUAAGAGAAAAUUAAUAAACGAUAUAUCAAUA